UAAGUUUCAAAUUAACGUAAAAGCUUUUGAGUUUUUUUUUUUUUUAAUUUUUUGGUGUCAUUUUGGUUUAUGUUUGAGUUUUCAAAUUUUUUGUGUGUGUUUAAAUGUUGCGAAUGAGCGGCAUUGUUGAAAAUGAAGUUAUCAAGGCUGGUGCAGAGGUUGUGAAUCCUUUGACUUUAUCAACUGUUUGAGAUUUUUCUUCUUCCUGAUUUUGAGUGAUCAGAGGAUUAUGGCUACCAUAAAGAAUGAAGAAUCCCAGCAACAACAGAGGAUGGAUUCCAAAAACGAAGAGUCCUCUAAAGGACAGCAGGGAGAUGCUGCAGUCGAGGCUGAUCCGGGUCCCCCUCCAUCCACUCCAGUAAGCUCGCUGGAGCGCCCGACUCCAAGUUUUCCUGCCAAAAACUUGGUUCUAAAGAGCGGGCCACUUCUUUUAUCAACCAAAGGAAUUGGAUGGACAUCAUGGAAGAAAAGGUGGUUUAUUUUGACACGAACUUCUCUCGUUUUCUUCAGAAGUGAUCCAACUGCCAUUCCUCCCAAGGGGAGUGAAGUGAAUUUAACUCUCGGUGGUAUUGAUCUCAACAAUUCAGGCAGUGUGGUUGUCAAAGCUGAUAAAAAACUCAUGAUUGUACAAUUUCAAGAUGGCCAAGAUGGAAGAAACUUCACACUAAAGGCUGAAACUUCAGAGGAUUUGUACAAGUGGAAGACUGCAUUUGAGAAUGCUUUUUCACAAGCACCGCCACCAAGUUCUUCUCAAGUGAUGGGGAAAAAUGGAAUCUUAAGGAAUGAUAAAGCAGAUGCAGUUGAUGGUUCUAAGGAACCAGUGAACGAAAAACAGCCUGUGAGAUCUACUGUCAUAGAAAAACCAAUUUUAUUUGCACUAGAAGAUGCUGACGGAGCUCCAACAUUUUUGGAGAAGGCCCUAAGAUAUGUAGAAGAGCACGGAACAAAAGCAGAAGGGGUCUUACGACAAGCUGCUGAUGUUGAAGAUGUUAAGCGCCGAAUUCAGGAAUAUGAACAGGGAAAAACUGAGCUUACUUCUGAGGAGGAUCCACAUGUCAUUGCGGAUUGUGUCAAGUAUGUCAUCCGAGAGUUGCCAUCAUCUCCUGUCCCUGCGUCAUGCUGCAGUGCGCUGCUAGAAGCAAACCGAUCUCAAAGUUGUGGUAGAGUCGAUGCUAUGCGUACGGUAAUAUUGGACACAUUUCCUGAGCCAAACCGCCGCUUAUUACAAAGAAUUUUGAAGAUGAUGCAAGCAGUGGCUUCUCAUAGAGCUGAAAAUCUGAUGAACUCUUCAGCCGUGGCGGCAUGCAUGGCACCCUUGCUUCUUCGCCCCCUCCUAGCCGGUGACUGUGAAAUUGAAGUCGGUUUUGAUGUGAUUGGUGAUAGUUCAUUUCAACUGCUGCAAGCAGUUGCUGCAGCCAAUCAUGCGCAAGCCAUUGUUACAACAUUACUGGAAGAGUAUGAUAAAAUAUUUGGGGAAUGUUAUGAUGUUCCCCCUCAUUUAUACUCUGAAACGGAAGAGAGUGGAAGUGUAAGUGAGGCGGUAACUGAUGAUGACUGCGAUGAUGCAAAACAUGGGUCUGAUGCACUCAGUGAUAAAGACUAUGUGGCAAGUGGAACAGUUAGGAAGAGUAGUCACCCUGUUACCAAUGAUCUGGAUGUUGAUUCUGAUUAUUCAAGCUCAAGUUCAGAAAUAAAGAUCAAUAAGUUUGCUAAGCUUCCCAAAGAUGUUCAAGAAGUAACCAAGUUGGAGGAUAAGUUAACUCAUCACAAUCAAAUCUCACGCAUCUCAAAAUCCACAUCUAUUGGAAUUGAACGUGGCCACAUUGUUAAGCGCCCCGUUGUUUGGGGAUGGGCUGCUGCGAAGAAGAAGCUUUCCAUGGAACGCUUUGAUUCUCCACGUAAAGAAGAGGCUAAAGUAGAGAAUUUGGAGGCUGAAAAAUCUGACUUGCAAAAGAGUCUCCCAGAAGAGGUUGAAGGUAAAACGAUUCACGAAGCCAGCUUGGAAAAACCAAAGACAUUGCAUGAGCGUCGCCUAGCUCUUCAAAUAGAUGUAUCAAGACUAGAGAACGAGUUGCAAAGGGAAAGAGAUAAGAGAACAUCUAUGGAAGCUGGACUUAUGCCAUCUCAAGGACAUUUAUCUCUCCCAGAUAUACUUGAUGAGAAGACAAAGACAGAUCUCAAGGACAUAGCUCAAGCAGAGGCAGACAUAAACAACUUGAACAAAACGGUUGAUGAUCUCCAGAUGCAGCUAAAUCAACUGAUUGUGCAAAAUUCUGUUUCCGUGAAUCACCAAGCAAACACGUAA